GUGGCGGCACCGCCGCCCCCCGCCCGCCACCGGCGCCCCGCGCGCGGCGCCCCCCGCGCCCCCGGCCCCGCCAUGGGGCCCGCCCGCGCCGACUACCUGGCGCCCUGGUGGGCGGCCUGGCUGCACGGGCUCCCGCACCGCGGCCCGCGCCUGCAGCCCGUGCCCUCCGCCUUCCGCCCGCAGGACCCCGACUACCAGCAGUCGCUGCUUUUCCUGGGCUUGGUGGCCGCCGUGUGCCUCGGCCUCAACCUCCUCUUCCUCGCCGUCUACCUGAUCUGCCUGUGCUGCUGCAAGAGGGACCAGGACCCCGACUCCAAGCAGCCCCACUCCUGCUGCGUCACCUGGAUGGCCGUCACCGCCGGGCUCAUCUGCUGCGCUGCCGUUGGCAUCGGCUUCUACGGGAACAGCGAGACCAACGACGGGGUGUUCCAGCUGCUCUACGCCCUGGACCACGCCAACCAGACCCUCACCGGCAUCGACUCGCUGGUUGCAGGCACCACGCUGCAGAUGCAGGGGGGGCUGGAGCAGCACCUGGCGCGGCUGAACGAGGUGCUGGCACCGCGGGGGGAUUACGUGCAGACCCUCAAGCUGGUGGAGCAGCUGGCCGGGAGCAUCGUCCUGCAGCUGCAGGGGCUGCCGGGCUGGGGGGGCGUCAGCGCCGACCUCACCGUGCUGUCGGCACGUGUCGCCUUCGUGGAGUACUACCGGUGGCUGGCCUACCUCCUCUUCUUCAUCCUCGUCCUCACCGUCUGCCUGCUGGCCUGCCUGGGGCUGGCCAAGCGCUCCCGCUGCCUCCUGGCCACGAUGUUGUGCUGUGGGCUGCUGACCCUCGUCCUCAGCUGGGCCUCCAUGGCCGUGGACACGGUGGCGGCGGUGGGCACCAGCGACUUCUGCGUGGCCCCAGACAAGUUCAUCAUGAACCAGACAGACGACGAGAUCAGUGCAGUGGUGGCUCACUAUUACCUGUACUGUGACCAGAGCCUGAGCAACCCCUUCCAGCAGGUUCUCACCGUCUUCCAGCGCUCGCUCACCACGAUGCAGAUCCAGACCCAGGGUCUCAUCCAGUAUGCACUGCCCCUCUUCCCCACAGCUGAGAAAGACCUUUUGGGGGUUCAGCAGCUCCUCAACUCCUCAGAGACCAGCCUGCACCAGCUGACAGCCCUGCUGGACUGCCGGGGGCUGCACAAGGAUUACCUGGACGCCCUCAUCGGGAUCUGCUACGACGGGGUGGAGGGGCUGCUCUACCUGGGGCUCUUCUCCCUGCUGGCGGCUGCCUCCUUCUCCACCAUCAUCUGCGCUGCCCCCCGCGCGUGGAAGCAGCUCACAGGACGGGACCGGGACUACGACGACAUGGACGAGGAGGACCCGUUCAACCCACAGGCUCGGCGCAUCGCCGCCCACCGCCCGCCCCGGGGGCAGCUCCGCAGCUUCUGCAGCUACAGCAGCAGCCUGGGCAGCCAGAGCAGCCUCCACCCCCCCGCCCAGACCGUGUCCAACGCCCCCGUCUCCGAGUACAUGAACCAGGCCGUGCUCUUCGGAGGGAACCCGCGCUACGAGAACGUGCCCCUCAUCGGCAGGGGGUCUCCCCCCCCCACGUACUCCCCGAGCAUGAGGGCCACAUACCUGAGUGUCACCGAUGAGCACGUCCGGCACCGCGGCGACUUCCCGGCGUAGGAGGAGACGCCGCCGGCGUUUCCCUCGGGAAACCAAAGACCCCCGGAGAACACGCGGUAGGAGACGCGGCGGGGGCUGGAGGAACGAGCCCGGAGCCCCCCACCGUGCACCCCUCUGAGCCCCCCCGGCAGCUCCUGGGACUCGACUCUUCCUGCCUUAUCCCGGGGAGCGCGGAGAUGCUGCUCCAGCAUCGGCUUCUCCCGGCUCGGGAAUGUUGGAGCCUUCUGGAGGGCAAAUCCCGGGACCACGCUGCCCCCAGCACCCCCCAGGGAGGGGUUGGGGCAGGGGCUCCCCUGCUCCCGUAGCAAUGCAGCACCAACCACUAGUGAUCCCAACCUUUCCCAGUUCCCCCUUCCCCGGCUGCUCCCCGUGAGCAGAUCCAGCCCCCUGUACCCCCCUUCCCACCCCCCAGGCUGGGGAAUUACGGAUGUUUUGGCCUUGCUGGCUUUCCUUUGCUUUGCCCUCUAGGAUUUGGGAGCUCUUGGGAGCGUGGGUUGACUCUCUGACUGUUUUGGAGUGGGUUUUCUGCAGUGUAGUGUGGUAGCAGGUUUUUUGGGUGGUUUUAUGCUCUUUUUGGCGAUUUGACUCCCCAGGGCAGGUCUGGGAUAUGGGGCAGGAUCCCCUCCUCCUGCAGGACAGCCCUGGGGCAGCCAGGAAUCCCCUAGGAGAGGGUUAGGGACUACUGGGGCUUCCCUGGGGUGGGAUGGGGUGCCUGGGAAGGGGACAGAGUGGACCUGCCACCUUGGGGCGGGAGCUCAUCCAGCAUUUCCAGGGCUCUAGGCAGAGGAACUGGGAGACCAGUAUGAGCUGAAUGGAUCUUUUGGGGCUACCCUUUGGCACAGGGAUCCCCAGAAAGCCCUUCUCCAUGGAGCAGGGAAGACCCCUGCUCCAUCCCACCCAGACCCUGCAGCCCAAAGGGCGUGGAUGGGGUGGUGGGUGCCCCCCACCCAGGGCCAGUACAUCCCCCUGCCUCCCUCUUUCCAUGUUCCCCAUGACUAGCAUCCCUCCCUUUUGGGGGAAAUCCCAAGGGAUUUUGUUAUUAUUUUUAUUUUUUUGGCUUUUAACAUUUCCAUGUAACGGUACUGGUAGAAGAGCUGUUGUUAACCGCAUGUGAACUAACCGAAGGACUCAGGCUGGGAGCUGCAGUCCGGCUGGAUUUGUAUGUGCCCCUUGAGGGGAAAAAGAUAAUAAACACUUGGACUAAAUUUA